CCUCUGCCCAGUAACAGGAAUGCAUUAACCUUAUUAACAAUUGUGUAGGGACUCACAGGGUUAAUAUGCCCCUAUAGCUUUAAACCCUAUUGCUUGUUACCAGGCCUCUAUUGUUGGCCCAUAGCUUAGACCACACCCUAAUACACAUUAAUAUAGUGUUUGGUAAGGGGCGGAGCUUCCUUCUUGGCCUGCAGCAGUUCACCUGUGUGGAGGUGCUCCAGGGAGCCUGGGAUCCACACCGGCCUAGAAGUGGGAUAAAAUGGUGGACGCUAUACCUUUCUGCUAGCUCUGCAAUAUCACCCAUUGUACCUCCUGAAUAUUUCCUAUACCUCUAUCAAAUUAAGGUUUCUUCAUCUUACACACACAGCAGUGCCACAAAUAGUCGCCAUGUCUGAGAAUUCCCUUCUGGACGUACAGAUUGUCCCUGCCACUGCCGGCGACUAUGACGGGGUGAUGUCCAUCUCGGGUGGGAUAUACAAUGGCGCCGAUUAUCUGCCAUGUAGGUACCACGAAUGGUUGAGAGACCCCCAACGGAGGAUGUUCGUGGCCAAGUCUGAAGGGAAAGUGGUGGGGUUUGACUCCUACCUGCUGGUGGAUGGUGGUGUUACAGCUGUGGUGCAAGGUCUCCGCGUUGCCCCCUGGAUGAGAGGCCGUGGGAUUGCUGGGGUAAUUCAACAAUUUUGUUUUGACGCCUUGCACUACGAGCACCCUGAGGUCUCCAAGGUCCGCCUGACAAGGGGAGAAGAUCCUCCAGCCGCCAUGAUGAGCAAAUACCGCUUAAUGCAUUCUAAGGCGAUUAUCUCAGUGGUGAUUCCCAAUGACCAACUCGAAGCUACAAUCAAGUUGUUGAAGCAGAGGGUGGAGAGUGAAGAUGGGACUUGUCCAGUUCAUUCCAUGAGCCCAGAGGAAGUUCUAAGUUGGUUUGAAAAUUCUACCUCCGAUGAACUGUUCCCCAAGGGGAUUCUUGUCCAAGACUGGCUUCCUCUUUCCACCCACAGAUCCAACCUUCAGCUACUGCAACAACGGGGGGUUCUCUGGUGUUAUUCCAACACCUCAAAACCCCACACCCAUAAAUCCCUUCAUGCAAGCCAGAAGCCCACUUCGCUCUCUCUUCCUCACAACUCUACUCCUACUUCUCCUUUCAUUCCUGGUGGGUUCCUCAGCCUGAGCACUCCUCCAAUCUCCGUGCCCCUUGGAGAUGGUAUGCACCGUUACGACAUUGAUCUCUUUGGAACUGAUCCUGUAGCUGCUAAAUCCCAUAUCCUACACCAGGUGACUGAGGCACUAAGAGUUCUACCAACAGGGGGCAGCGUGAUCUGCUUUCUGUCAGCAGAAGAAACCCUAAGAGCUGAACUUACUCGAUUUUGCCAAGGGAUAGCCCCUUUCUUUGUGGUAAGGGAACAGCUUGUCCUAGAGAUGGACAUAUAAACACCCUUGGGUAGGCAUGGUCAUGAUGUCUGAUGAGGGUUCAGCCAAUUAGAUUAGCCCAUGACCUUUGAUAGGCUAGUCCAAGAUCUUUCACAUGUUGGGCAUCUGCUGUAUUGUUCCCAGGCAUAUCUCUGUAUGCAUUAUACAAUAUAUAUUGUACUCUAUAUCUGCACUUAUGGUUGGUGCCUAUGCUUCUCUGGGGGCAAGAGAGACCCUUGAGGUUCCUUCUGAAUAUAAACAAUUGGCAAACAUUAAUAUCGCAAUACAAAAUAAAUCUUUCCAUUCCGGGUA